CAGCUGCUUGAUAAAUUUAAAAUGCCUUAUAUUUUCAAACCUGGGGACAUCAUGAUUGGAGGAAUUUUUCCCAUUUUUAACAAACAAGAACCUGUAAUUGCCUCAUUUGAGAGAAAAACCGAAAGAGUUAAUUGUAGCGGAUUUGACCUACGUGCUUUCCGCUGGAUUCAAGUCAUGAUGUUUGCGAUAGACGAGAUAAACCGGGAUGAGUUUUUGCUUCCUAACAUUUCUUUGGGAUAUAAAAUAAUGGACUCUUGUGCUUCUCCCACAAAUGUUUUACGUGCUGCUCUCACACUGGUGAGUGAGCAGGACAAAGAGGAAACUACACCUCAGUGUCACCUUCCUAUGACAGCUCUUGUAGCUGAAUCAGGAUCGUCGCAGUCCUUGGCAGUUGCCGGGACACUUGGGCCAUUCAGAGUGCCAAUGGUAAGCUACUUUUCAACAUGUGCAUGUCUAAGUGACAGAAGUAAAUAUCCCUCAUUUUUUCGUACAAUUCCAAGUGACUACUACCAGGCAAAGGCUUUGGCCUCUCUUGUACAACGAUACGGAUGGACCUGGAUCGGAGCUUUACAGUCUGACAAUGAUUAUGGAAGAAAUGGAAUCUCAGCCUUCACAAAAGAAGUUGAAAAAAUGGGAGUUUGCAUUGCAUUUGUUGGCACAAUUUUAAGGACAUAUCCCCCGAGUAAAAUCAACGAAGUUGUUGAAUUGAUAAAACAAUCUACAGUAAAAGUGAUUCUGGCAUUUGUGCCAGAGGGAGAUCUCUAUCCUUUAAUGAAAGAAGUUGUGAGACAAAACAUCACAGGAAUACAAUGGAUAGCAAGUGAAGCCUGGGUAACUGCAGCAAGGCCCUCUACCCCAGAAAUGUUUAAGUCUUUUGGAGGUACUGUUGGAUUUGUGGUACGAAAGAUGGCUAUACCCAAGCUGGGACCCUUUUUGAAAAACAUAAGUCCUUACUCUACUUCACAAUCUGCUUUUGUCAUGUGUAAAGGAGAUGAAAAACUUAAUUACACAGAUACAUUUUUUGAUGUAACACAAUUGAGAGUAACAUAUAAUGUCUAUCAAGCUGUAUAUGCAAUUGCACAUGCCAUUCAUAAAUUGCUAUUUUGCAAAACAGAUCAAAAUAAUCUCAUAAUACAGUGUCUGAACAUAUCACAGAUAACUCCUAAACAGGUCAACGAUCGCUUGCAGAAGGUGAAUUUUGUAGAUGAAUAUGGUGAAAAGGUGUUCUUUGAUGAGAAUGGAGAUCCACCUGCAUCCUAUGAGCUCAUAAACUGGCAGCUAAGAGAUGGAGAGGUACAACAUGUAGCAGUGGGCUAUUUCAGCACCUCCACAGAUGGAACAUAUAAACUUAAAGUUACAGAGGAUGACAUCCACUGGAACACAGGCCAUUUGAUACCAAAGUCUGUUUGCACAGGCGUCUGCCCAAAUGGCACAAGAAAAGCACAAAUUAAAGGACAGCCAGUGUGCUGCUUUGACUGCAUCCCAUGUGCUGAUGGUUCAAUAUCAAAUACAACAGGAGCAGCAGACUGCAUUCUCUGUCCUGAAGAAUACUGGUCAAACGAAAGACGAGACGAGUGUAUCAUAAAAACCACAGAGUUUCUAUCGUAUACAGAAACAAUGGGGAUAAUUCUGACAGCUCUCUCAUUAUUUGGUGCCAGUAUUACUUUAGCCACAAUUAUUAUUUUCAUCCACUUUCGAGAAACACCUAUAGUUAAAGCUAACAAUUCAGAGCUGAGCUCUUUAUUACUUGUUUCUCUUUUCUUUUGCUUCCUCUGUCCACUUACGUUUAUUGGUGAACCAACAGUCUGGUCAUGCAUGCUACGUCACACAGCAUUCGGGGUUACUUUUGCGCUGUGCAUUUCUUGUGUUUUGGGGAAAACCAUAGUAGUCGUUACUGCUUUCAGAGCCACACAACCAGGAAAUAAUUUGGCUGGAAGAUUUGGGCCAGUUCAACAAAGAAUUAUUGUGUUCUCAUGUACUGCGAUUCAAAUAGUCAUCUGUGUACUGUGGCUUAAAAUUAACCCACCGUUUCCUGAUAAAGCUCUGAGGUAUAACAAUAAAAAAAUCAUUUUAGAAUGCAACACGGGAUCAGACGCUGCAUUUUAUGCAGUUUUAGGAUACAUCGGCCUACUUGCUGCAGUCUGUUUGGUUCUGGCAUUUUUAGCUAGGAAACUACCAGAUAAUUUUAAUGAGGCCAAAUUUAUCUCUUUCAGUAUGUUUAUUUUUUGUGCCGUCUGGGCAACAUUUAUACCUGCCUAUAUCAGUUCACCUGGUAAAUACACAGUUGCAGUAGAGAUUUUUGCAAUUUGGUCAUCUGCCUUUGGCUUAUUGUUGAGUAUAUUUUUGCCAAAAUGUUACAUUAUUCUCAUAAAACCAGAGAGGAAUACUAAAAAACACAUGAUGGGAAAAGUUAAAAAGACCUUGAGGUAGAUAUUUAACAUCAUGUUAUUUUUACUGGUGGCCAUCAGUGUAAAUGUAAUUAUAAAAAAUGAAAAGAAAAAGCAGCUUUUAUUAAUCUGUAUUUGAAUGUCUCUGUAGAUCUUAAAGGCUGUGAACAUGU